GCUGCACCUGCCGCCCCCAGGCCGACGUCACAAGCUCGCCUGCAAGCUCCCCAGAACGCGCUGCGCGUAGGCAGCACAGCUCGGCCUCUUCACAGCGGGUUGAACCACCACAGCUCGUUCGGACACGGCGAUGAUACUAUCUGCGAGCUCUGCGAGGUGUCGGGAGCUGGAGCAUCCCGACAUCGCCAACUUCUCCAUCUCAGUCUUCAUUCUCGUCGGCAUCCUCGUGUCGUACCUCCCUCAGCAUGCAAAGAUCAUAAUACGCCGCUCGUCGCGCGGUCUGAGCCCGCUGUUCGUGCUGCUCGGCACCGUGUCAGGGACCGCCAGCAUCGCAAACAUCUUGACCCUGCCCGAGAGCACGCGCGACAUGGCAUGCUGCAGCGAGAUAGGGCGUUUCCCGUGUGCAGCGGCGCUGCUGGGCAUCGCACAGAUAGGCGUGCAGUGGACGUGUUUCUUCUUCAUCAUGCUCCUGUUCCUCAUCUUCUUUCCACGCAACGCCGAAGACACCGAGUCGCAAGACACAAACCUCCCCACCUGGAAGGAGGCUAUCAUCGUCCUCGCUGUGUCCCUCGCCUUCUUCGUCUUCGCCUUCCUUGGCUCCAUCAUCUUCGUGUAUGCUGCACCCUCCCAUAUCAGAGGCUGGGCCAAUUUCCUAGGCCUGCUAGCCACCACGCUCGCUGCUAUACAGUACAUACCCCAGAUUAUUACUACAUGGAGGCUCCAAGAAACCGGAAGCUUGUCGGUACCUAUGAUGCUGAUACAGACGCCCGGGAGCUUUGUCUUCGCGGCAAGUUUGGCUGUCAGGCUGGGCCCUGGAGGCUGGAGCGCCUGGGGUCUUUUCAUCUUCACAGGCUUGUUACAGGGAGUACUUCUCGGAAUGAGCCUGUGGUUCAUCUGGAGGGAUCGACAAGCGGCCAAGUCUGGAAGCUCUCCCGCUGUGGACGCAAAUGGUGAGAGUGAUGAGCAAACGCCGCUCAUUGGUAAUGGCAUAGCUGGUGGAUAGUUAGGACAAUCGAUUCGCAUUUCAGUG